AUGCAGAGCCGAACGGUCUUCACUAGUCGAACGCCGCUCCCGGCCUCGGUGUCCGAGGAGGCGGUGUUGCGAACGUUGCGCGAUCAUGCGGCGAUGAUUGAACAGAACCCGCUGGUCAUCCACUAUGAACGGUGUGCGCCACCUGCCGAUGCACCACCCGAGGAAAGCAACGGGGUCUGGUACGAACUGACGGACCGCAUCUCCUAUCUGCCGUGGGGCUUGUUGCGGGGCAAGGUCCGAUAUCGAGGUUGCUUCCACGAUACCCCUCAGGGUCUCCGAACACACAUUUAUGCACCUCUGGGGGUGCACAUCCGCAAUCAUUGGACGGUCGGCCGAGGACCGGGGAACCCCACCCAAAUGCAGGGGAGGAUCAUCCCGAUGGAGUGUACUUGCAGGAAGAGAUUGAACUGCGCUGCCCAUUCGGAACGACGAGUUUCGUGCGCCGGACGCUCUCGCAGGCGCACCGGGAAUUAG